GUCGUUAGUUCCCUCGGUCUCCCCCGCCCAUUAUCUGCCGCCCUAUCUGCUAACCAGCUGGCAUAGGAUGGUACCCCCACAGCAGCGUCGUGUUAACUUUUUGUCCUCGGUCCAGUCGGGGAACUACGACUAUCCACCUGCCUCUCGUGCAUCACGGCCCAACCGUUCGAGAGAACCCAGCGAACACAUCACUUUGCCCUUGCCCUCGGCCACACCGUCUCCCGUCCCUGUUCCCGCCCCCACUCCCGGCGAGCAUCUGCAGCACCUGCGGCAGCUGCUGACCUCGGAGCGAAAUCGGGACACCUCCGCUCGUGCCUUGGAGACCCUCAACCAGGAGAUUAACGAGUACCGGUCCAUCCGGGGCCAGGAUAUUACCAGUUUCGACCAGGCCAGGGCGGCCGUCGACCGCCAGAUUCAACACUACCGGUCCCGCCGAGAGGCCGCUCCGCAUGACAUCUACCCCGAUCGCUUCCACCCCGAGUUGACUCCGUACGUCGAUCCCGCGCGACCAGCCAACCGGGCUGCGCGAAAUCGCCAGAACCGAAGCGGUGGUCGCCCGCGAACCAGUUCGCUCCUUGACGAAGGUGUGCCUCCCCUGGUGAUUCCGCCCAUCAUGCCUCUUGACCGCGAGGAUGACCGCCACGGGGACCGAUCGCGGGCCAAGCGGAGAAAGCUCGAGACGGACGAUAGCAGGGAGGGAUUGCAGAGUUUUCGGUACGGGCAGUAUGGGCAGGUCGUGCCGGGGCCGUUGAAGAUGGAGCUGGCGAGUUGUGAUGGAGGGACAUACGAGCCGGAGGGGGAGUGUUCCUGGCCGCAGAACGUGCUCCGCAACGACUCGUCGGUCUACUGCACCAAGUCCGACCGGUGUAAUCUGAUCCUGAAGCAUCGCGGAGACUCUCCGUUUUGUUUGAAAAAGAUCGUGAUCAACGCCCCGCGGUCUGGCUACGAUGCCCCGAUACAAGAAGGCAUGGUUUUCGUCUCCAUGAGCUGUGACGAGCUUCUCUCCCGCACUGCCGCAUACCAAGUGGAAUACCCGAACCCGCGACGACAGCGUCGAAAUCGACGCAGCGGAAUGCAGCCGUCGCAGGAGUACCUGAAUGCCUAUCGGACCCCGUUGCAGACUCUCGAACGGAGGGGCCCUGCCGGCCAGGGGUCCCACCGAGAUUCAGAAACAGAUCUGACCAGCGCUUCUAACCCCACGAACGAUUUCCACAUUACCACCGAGUACGACAACCCGUCUGAGCGCAACGACCGCGACACCAACGGGCUAGCAGCCAACCCGCCGUCCAUCGCGGACCUCGCGCGGUGGCAGAUGGAGCAGAUGGAGGACGAUCUCCUGGGUUCAGACAGCGACGACAGCGAGAGCGACGACGACCCCGCGGAAGUGAGCGCCUACAGCCGCCGACGGCGCGAUCUACAGCGACGAGUACGAGCCAUGGAGCAGCAGCAGGACCUGUCCCGACGACGAGCGGCAGGCUCCAGCGCAGUGCCACCAGCACUUCCGGGGAGUCGUCCACAGGAGCCACGAUCGGGGCCAAACACGGCCCUGAUGCAAGACCCUGAUCUACUCCGGCCGCACGCGCGGUUCUUCAUCGAGCGAGCCAAGAGCACGGUCAGCAUCAAGUUCGACCCACCACCAUCCGGACGAUACAUUCUAAUCAAGCUAUGGAGUCCAUACAGCGGGGGUAACAUCGACAUCCAGAGUAUCAUCGCGCAUGGCUAUGCGGGGCCGAGAUUCUUUCCUGCGGGCAACUUUCGAUGAUGGUCUUCCUUCUUCUUUCUUUGUUUUCUUCUUAUCUUAUAAGGAAGACUUUACUUUACUAUCUGCUUAUCUCACCUCCAAGCAAGCAGCCUGUCUGUCUACGUGACUGAAUGAAUAAAUGUCUAGAUAGGCAUGUAUUGUUUAUCAACCAGAGCGUAUCUGAUACUCGGUUAU